AUGACCCAUGUCUUCUUGGAACCUCUUCUUGGCACAGACCUCUUCUUCCCUGCCACCACCACAUCCCUGUCACCACCACCACCACCACAUCCCUGCCACAACCACCGUCACCAACACCCACCUGCAACCACCAUCCACCUGCCACAACCCCCACCUACUCCCGCCGGCCACCACCACAACUACCGUCACCACUAUCCACCUGCCACCACAACCACCAUGAAAACCCCUCAAAUCCAAAAACCCACUCAAAAUCCCCAACUUACCGGUUUUAAGAAGAAACAACCACCAACCAACAAGCAUUCUCUCUCCUCGCGUCUCUCUCUCUUCUCGCGUAUUUCUCUCUUCUCGCGUCUUUCACGCCGCCGUGCGCCGGAGAAGAAGGAGAUGGGUGUGCCGGAGAAACGGCUGGCCGGAGAAGGAGAUGGCGGUGGUGGUGACAGAUUGUAG